CGUUUGAGUUGUCAUCCAAUAAGCAUUCAAAUUAGAUCGAUAAAAAUCGCAGAAAAUUGCGAAUGUGACUCCGGUUGGAGAAAAAAUCCAAAACUUAGGAAACUAAACAGCUAUUGUUCAUAGAUGUGCUAAAAAGAAGUGUGUGUUUUGGAAAUUGGUGGGUCAUAGUGUAAUUUGUGGAAAAUGGGUGAAACUGCACCUACUCCUUCGCCAAUUACCGAAGAGGCAGAAAGUACGAGUGCUUCCAUAAGCAGCGAGGCAACUACGAAGCAACAACAGCUGCCUUUGAAGGUGAAGGUGCUCAUCAUUGGUGCAGGCAUGGCAGGACUUUCGGCAGCAAAUCAUUUUAUCCAUAAUGGCUGUAAUGACUUUCUUAUUCUGGAAGCGCGUAGCCGGAUCGGUGGACGAAUUAUUUCAAUACCUCUCCGUUCCCAAAGAAUCGAACUGGGUGCCAACUGGAUUCACGGUGUUUUGGGUAAUCCGAUUUUCGAAAUUGCCGUUCAGCAUGGUCUAGUCAGUGUGGUUAAUGUACCCAAACCGCAUACAGUUAUUGCCACAACCGAGGAUGGACAUCAGGUUCCUUUUAACAUUCUUCAGGAGAUCUACGAGGCAUAUGUAUGCUUUUUGCGUCGUUGUGAUGAGUACUUUAUGUGUCAAUAUAGUCCACCUCCGGACAUUAAUAGUGUGGGAGAGCACAUCAACUAUGAAAUUGAAAUAUUUUUAAGCUCAGUGAAAGACCCGAAAGAAAAACGCUUGAAACAAUUGAUUUUCAAUUGUUUACUGAAGCGCGAAACGUGUAUUACCGGUUGCACCAGCAUGAACGAAGUGGAUCUCUUGGAAUUAGGAAGUUAUACAGAAUUGCAAGGUGGAAAUAUUGUACCGCCCCAGGGCUAUAGUUCGAUUUUGCGGCCACUUUCUGAGCCUAUACCUAAAGAGGCAAUAAUCAGCAAAUGUCCGGUAAAGAAAAUACAUUGGAAGCGGAAAAAGACGAUUACUGGCCUGGAAACGGUCGACGAGAAUUCGGAAGACGAAGACGAUUCAGAUGACACUGAAAAGACAGUUACUGAAGUGCCCACUGUCCGUGCAGUAACAGCGGCAGCAGCAGCAACAAAAACAACUACUAGUGCUCCAGUACGUGAAAAAUCGACUGAUUCUGAUGACAACUGUGAUUCGAGUGGCAAUGUUAUUGAUGCUGCUGUACGAGUAGACUGUGAAGAUGGGCGAUGCUUCUACGCUGAUCAUGUGAUAUGUACCAUACCGCUGGGUGUACUUAAAUCAACAUAUAAAACCUUGUUUACGCCUGAGUUACCGCAUUACAAGCAAGAAGCAAUUGAAAAUUUAAUGUUUGGAACAGUCGAUAAAAUAUUCCUGGAAUAUGAUCGACCGUUUAUGAAUUCCUCCAUUUCCGAAAUAAUGCUGUUAUGGGAUGAUGACAAAUAUGAUUUGCAUCUAUCGGAUGAAGAACGCAGUUCAACCGAGUAUUUGAGCAAAAAUUGGUACAAAAAGAUUUAUUCCUUCGCUAAAGUAUCUGAAACCCUACUUUUGGGUUGGGUUUCGGGCAGAGAGGCUGAAUACAUGGAAACGCUGACGCAUGAAGAAGUCGCAGAAACAUGCACGGAGAUAUUGCGGACAUUUUUAAAGGAUCCGUAUGUACCGAAACCAAAGCUCUGCGUGUGCACAAGCUGGAAGUCUCAACCAUUCACCCGUGGCUCGUACACUUCAAUUCCUAUUGGUGCAACGCAGGAAGAUAUCGAGCUAUUAGCGCAACCACUUUACGUGAAUCCACAAGCACAGAAACCUGCAGUUUUGUUCGCUGGCGAGCAUACACACUCCAACUUUUAUUCAACUGUACAUGGUGCCUAUUUGAGUGGACGGACGGCUGCUCAACACAUUCUCUCUAAAGAUGAGCCGGUGGGGGUUUUUAUGGAAGCAGAUACAAGCGAUUUAAGUUCAUGGAUACAAGGAAUUUCGCUGGAAUAAAAAGUCAUAAAUCUAAAUACAAAAUGCAACGAGUUCGUUUAACACACCAAACGAAUGGGAAAUGAAUUGAGGCAGUGAACUUCCAUUAAGAUGCGGCCAUUUUUUCAGCGUUGGAGUCAAUAUCUUUGGGAACAUUAUAAAUAGCUUCAGUUAAAACGCGCCACUAUGCUAAUAAAUGGACAUAUAUAUUCGUUUCGAUUAAGUUAAAUUUUUUUUUGACAACCAUAAAUCUUCGCCAGCUCUUUAAUGUCUAAUUAAGUUUAAAUUGUUUUAUAACUUAACUGUUGCUUUUGUUAGCAAUAAGAAAUUCUGCCUUCUCCUGAGUUUCACAUGAAAAAAAAAUUCACCCGAAAAUUUGUCAUUCGCGCAUUGUAAAACCAAGAGUUAAAAGUGAACCGGUUCGGGGAAAAUGAAACUCAUGAUAAGGCUUAUUAUGUUUAGGUGCUUUCAUAAAGUGCGAAAUUCUGGAUACAUAAGUUGAGAGUAUAACGGUAAAAA